CGGUUCGUUUCUGUAACCCUACUAGUGGGGGUUAAACACUAGUAAUUUCUGUAGCCUGUCAAUGGGAGGUUUAUAACACUGGCCGUGACCUAUAGAGGAGACGUCUAUUUCGUGCCCGUACUGUAUCUGUUUUCGUGAUUGUACUUGUUGGCAUGCUUUAAGUUUGAUGAGGGGCACUCCAUAUUUAUUUACUGAGUUUAUCUCAUAGUUUUUCCUUGUCCACCAUUUCAGGAAGUGAAACCGAGGACGGGGAAACCACGGGAAGUGACGAGUUAAAAGGCUAGCCAUAUUGUAAUUGGAUAUGAAGUUUUAGAUAUGAAUCAUGAUCUUGUAUUUGGAGAUUUUAUGAUAUCAGAGAGAAUUUUAAGAUUUGAUCUUCAGAUUUUGAUGGUAUCAGAGUGUGAUAUGAUAAGUUCCGAACCUUGUGCACUUGUGGGACCCGUCUCACGAGUGUACGGCGUCUGUCGCGCCUCGGAUUUGGGUUCUGGGGCGUGACAAGUCUAGAACUGGAAACUAAAAUUAAGUAAACUGAAUGUUUGGAU